UGUCAUUUGCGUUACGGUGGUUUGCGUCGGUCUGUUAGCGUCUGCGUAGCGUUUUCAUUUUAUUAUAAUUUGAUUAUUGUUUUUCAUUAUCUACAAGCCAUUUAGUUGUUCUUCACAAAGUCAUCAUGUCAACGGACGAAAACGCGGAAAUUGACUGGGGAAAUGAGAGGUUAAGUCGAGCACAAAGGGCAGUAGAGGCGAAUACGUAUGAUGUGGAUUCCUGGUCUUUACUUAUUCGGGAGGCUCAAACUCGGCCUAUCAAUGAAGUUCGAACAAUGUAUGAAAAACUCAUUACUGCAUUUCCAACCACGGGCCGGUUUUGGAAGAUUUAUAUAGAGCAAGAGAUGAAGGCAAGAAAUUUUGAAAAAGUCGAAAAGCUGUUCCAGAGGUGUCUGAUGAAAAUCCUCAAUAUAGAAUUAUGGAGGCUUUACCUCAACUACGUGAAGGAGACGAAGUGCAUGUUACCCACGUACAAGGAAAAAAUGGCUCAGGCGUACGACUUUGCCCUAGAUAAAAUCGGACUCGACAUUCACGCGUAUCCAAUCUGGAACGACUAUGUGACGUUCCUGAAGUCGGUAGACGCCGUUGGGUCGUACGCGGAGAAUCAGAAAAUAUCAGCUGUGAGGAAGGUGUAUCAAAGGGCAGUUAUCACACCCAUUAUAGGUAUCGAGACUCUAUGGAAGGACUAUAUCGCAUUUGAACAAGGCAUCAAUACUAUUAUAGCGGAACGCAUGGCGAUGGAACGUUCCAGAGAGUACAUGAACGCCCGCCGAGUGGCCAAGGAGCUGGAGACGGUGACGCGGGGCUUGAAUAGGAACAUGCCGGCCACGCCGCCCACCGCAGACAGGGAGGAGAUGAAACAGGUGGAGCUCUGGAAGAAGUAUAUAUCCUGGGAGAGGUCGAACCCGCUGCGCUCCGAGGACACGGCGCUGGUGGCCCGCCGGGUGAUGUUCGCGAUCGAGCAGUGCCUGCUGUGCCUGGCGCACCACCCGGACGUGUGGCACCAGGCCGCGCAGUUCCUGGACCACUCCGCGAAGCUGCUGCAGGAGAAGGGGGAUUCCAACGCGGCGAAGCUGUUCUCCGAGGAAGCGGCGGCGGUGUACGAGCGGGCGACCAGCGGGCCGCUCAAGCACUCCACAUUACUGCACUUUGCGCAUGCGGACUACGAGGAGAGUCGCCUGCAUUAUAAUAAGGUGCAUCAAGUGUACACAAGAUAUUUGGACAUGGCGGACAUCGAACCUACACUGGCUUAUGUGCAAUACAUGAAGUUCGCCCGCAGAGCCGAAGGGAUAAAAUCCGCUAGAACCGUGUUCAAGAGGGCUAGAGAGGAUCCUAGGUCUCGGUACCACGUGUUCGUGGCGGCGGCCCUGAUGGAGUACUACUGCUCCAAGGACAAGAACAUCGCCUUCCGGAUAUUCGAGCUCGGCCUUAAGAAGUUCUCGCACAUCCCGGAGUACGUGCUGUGCUAUAUAGAUUACUUGUCGCAUCUUAAUGAGGACAACAACACGCGCGUCCUUUUCGAGCGGGUUCUGUCGUCUGGUAGCUUGAAACCGGAGAGCUCAGUAGACAUUUGGAACCGUUUCUUGGAAUUCGAGUCAAAUAUUGGAGAUCUCAUCAGUAUAGUCAAGGUUGAGAAGCGGAGGCAGGCUGUGCUGGAGAAGAUUAAAGAAUUCGAGGGCAAAGAGACGGCGCAGCUGGUCGAUCGGUACAAGUUCUUGGACUUGUAUCCUUGCACAAUCGCUGAACUGAAAUCGAUCGGAUAUACGGAGGUAGCGGCCAUGUCGAAUAAGUCCUGGGCGUUGGGCGGAGCCCUAGCUGGCAUAUCGCCCGAGCUUGCAGCCGUCAUACUGGGACAAAAGGACAACGAUCCAAAUAAAGACAUAGCCCGGCCGGACACCAGCCAAAUGAUACCGUACAAGCCGAAAUCGAACCCGCUCCCCGGAGAGCAUCCGAUACCCGGCGGGUCGUUCCCCAUGCCGCCGCCGUGCGCGGUGCUGUGCACGCUGAUGCCGCCGCCGAGCUCCUUCCGCGGGCCCUUCGUGGCGGUCGACCGGCUCAUCGCGCUCUUCAACCGGAUCUCGCUGCCGGACCGCCCACCGUUACCGACGGAGGGCGGGGACAGCAAGCUGUUCGAUCUGGCGCGCUCCGUGCACUGGAUCAUGGAUGACGAUGGUGUCACCACUGUUACGAAUAAGGCACGUCGCAGAAAGGCGGGUGACGAUUCAGAUGACGACGAUCUUGGAGUAGCGCCGCCUGUAAACGACAUCUAUCGGCAGAGACAGCAAAAGCGUGUUAAAUAGAGAUAGCUAUAUGCGCUCGUGUGAUGUGUGAGUGAGACAGAACGAUGACAAAUAGAAUAUACAUUUUUUAUAAUGAAACAUGUUAAAAAGUGAUGGCGAUAUGGGGAUAGUGUGGUGUGUGAAAGGUACAGAACGAGGCAGAUAAAUUCAAUGCAAUUGUAGUAAAACUCGGUAAAAGAGGACGGCAAUAUGGGUCAUUGUAUUGUGUGAAAAGGACGGAAUGAUUCCAUAGACCUACCUUACUUUUUGACUUUUUGAUGGUCAUACAGGGAUUGGCUGUUGUGAAAAAGGGAUAGAAGAACGUCAUAGAUCUUUUAUUUUGGAAUAUCUGCUAAAAAACAUUUUCAUGCCCAUUUUGCCCAUCCGAUCUAAUUUUGAAGAAAAACAACAUUAUUCUAUGCAUAAUUAUGUUUCGCACUUACGCAUGCACACACACAAACUGUUUUUGUAUGUGGUGAUAUUUAGAGGCCUUAAAAUGGCCGUCUUCUAUAAUUUAUGAUAAUGAAAUAUAGCAGUUUUAAAAUAUUAAUGGUUUAUUCCCAUAUAGUACACUAUUCGUUUUCGUCUGUUUGUUUUCAUUCAAUUUCAUAGAGAUGAAUAUAAU